GGAGCUGAAUGUUUCCUUCCCCCUGCCACGAUUCAACUGGCCUGGACCAGGCCCUUUGCUGGGGGAGGCGAGGCGCUCCGACCCCCAGGCUCUCCACCCUCCCUUCCUACUCCCUCUACCACGGCGGCCAAGCAGGUUUCUAUGUGACUCUCGUGGUGAACCGCUGGUGGUCCCAGUACACAAGCAUCCCGCUGCCAGACCAGCUGAUGUGCGUCAUCUCGGCUAGCGUGCACGGCGUGGACCAGCGGGGCCGCCUGCUGCGCCGCACCCUCAUCCGCUACGCGAACCUGGCGUCAGUGCUGGUGCUGCGCUCGGUCAGCACCCGCGUGCUUAAGCGCUUCCCCACCAUGGAGCACGUGGUGGACGCAGGUUUCAUGUCCCAGGAAGAGAGGAAAAAGUUUGAGAGCCUGAAAUCCGACUUCAACAAGUACUGGGUCCCCUGCGUCUGGUUCACCAACCUGGCGGCCCAGGCCCGGAGGGACGGGCGAAUCCGUGACGAUAUAGCUCUCUGUCUACUUUUGGAAGAGCUGAACAAGUACCGAGCCAAGUGCAGCAUGCUAUUCCACUAUGACUGGAUCAGCAUCCCCCUCGUCUACACCCAAGUGGUGACCAUAGCCGUCUACUCUUUCUUUGCCCUCUCCCUGGUUGGCCGCCAGUUUGUGGAGCCAGAGGCAGGGGCUGCCAAACCUCAGAAGCUUCCGAAGCCGGGCCAGGAGCCAGCCCCAUCCCUGGGAGACCUGGACAUGUAUGUGCCUCUCACCACUCUGCUGCAGUUCUUCUUCUAUGCUGGCUGGCUCAAGGUGGCUGAACAGAUCAUCAACCCAUUUGGUGAGGAUGAUGACGACUUUGAGACAAACCAGCUCAUAGACCGCAACUUGCAGGUGAGCAAGCAUCAGGAAGGAUCAGGAGUCCAGGGCAGCUCCUGGGCCCCCUCUCCCGGUCAGCUCUCAGCCCGGCCGUGGGAAGGAGAGGAGAGGAGGAUCCUUGUAACUUGCUGGUGGCCCAGGUGUCCCUGCUAUCCGUGGACGAAAUGUACCAGAACCUUCCCCCCGCUGAGAAGGACCAGUACUGGGAUGAGGACCAGCCGCAGCCACCCUACACUGUGGCCACGGCGGCCGAGUCUCUGCGGCCCUCAUUCCUGGGCUCCACCUUCAACCUGCGGUGAGUGGCUUGCGCCGGACCUGACACGGCACGCGGGUCCUCGCUCAGCCUCUGGGGCACCGAUGCCUCCGUCCCUUCCCGAGAGCCGAUCCCGCGUCCCCGCUCCCGCCCUGUGCCCCGGCUCAGCCCGCCCUUCCGCCCGCAGCAUGAGCGACGACCCUGAGCAGAGCCUGCAGGUGGAGGCGUCCCCCGGAUCGGGUCGGCCCGCACCCGCCGCGCAGACCCCGUUGCUCGGCCGCUUCCUGGGCGUAGGGGCGCCCUCCCCCGCCAUCAGUCUCCGGAACUUCGGCCGCAUGCGAGGCACCCCCCGUCCCCCGCAUCUGCUGCGCUUCCGGGCCGAGGAGGGCGGCGACCCCGAGGCCGCACCCCGCAUCGAGGAGGAGACGGCGGAGUCCGGGGACGAGGCCCUGGAGCCCUGAGGUCUCGCCUGCCCCAGCCCGGUUCCCCCCACCCACUGCCCUCCUUCCCUCCCGUGCCCGGUCCUGCCAGCCAGCUCUAUUAGAGCAGCUUUUCCUGUGUGCCUUGAAGGCCAGAGCAUUUAGGGACAGAACUUGAAAGAGAAGAUGGCGAGAAGGGCCUGAGCCAGGGCUGGGAAUGUGUCCACUUUGGUGGGAGAGAAGGUCGGAUGGGUUGCUUGGGGGACGUGAAGCUAGAAAAAUAAAUGAGCCCAGGCAUAGAGGACUAGAGCCCAGGUGCACGGUUAGCUUCACAGCAACAGGGAGCUAGGCCAGUGAUUCUCAAACUUGAGGAAGGAUCAGCAUCACGGAAGGUCUUGUCAAAAGAGUGCUGGGCACCACUCCCAGCAUUUCUGGCAUAUUCGAUUUGGGAUGGCGCCCAACAACUUGCAUUUCUAACAAGUUCCCAGGUGAUGCUGUGCUGCUGGUCCAGGAAACACAAUUUGAGAGUCAUGUGAAACGUGCUUGAAGGGGUAUACCUUACCCUGGUAACCUUACUCAAAAGAGGGGUCAGUGUGUGCUGGGGGACUUUUGCCUUGUCUGUAAUGUUCAAGUUUUUGUUUACAUUGAGAAUAUAUUCAAGUUUUUAAGUUU